GAGAGGUUUUGGUUGAGUGAGCUUCGUAGGGCGGUUGGGUUCCGUGUUUUUUUAGUCAUACUUGAGUGAGAGUUAAGCUAUUGUGUGUGUCGGUCUUGGUGUGCGGUGACUGCAGUGCACAUUGGCAGAAUUGUGUGCUCUUCCUUUGAUUUGGUUGUUUCGAGGUGUUUGUGGCCUUGGAAUCGAUGGGAUGAGUCUUGGCAUUUUUAUGACGGCAACUUUUUUCUUAUGUUUUUGGAUUUUAGCUGCAGGAUCUGGCUGUGAUGCAACUGUAUGCUGCAGUCUUUCCUCUUGAUUAAUCUUUUGGGCGUCUUACAGAUAGUGAGGGACUAGUUGCGCAGAAUGCAUUGCUGCAAUAUCGCCCUUCUUCUGUAGGUAUCGGUUCGACUUGUCUUUGUGUGCUGAGAAGAAAUCUGUAGCUAAUCGGGCGAAAUAGCUGUACAGCACGAUGGGAUGCGUUCUGUCUUCAGAAGCUUUACAUGACACAAGCCCAGCUCCAGCAGUCACCGUCGGUGUGGGUGGAGAGGUUUAUGUGUAUGUUCCGGGCCUCAGAGCACCCAAGUAUGUGGACCUUAGAGAGCAACUGCAGGGAUCUAUUUCUGCAGACUUGCUAUUGCGGUUACAGCAGCUGCGGUCUCAGGUUUUGAUUACUUCUGGGAAGAAUAUGCCGGCAUCUAAAUCAAAAAGAUUAAGAAGGUCACACCAUCAAGAUACUUCCACCGCUGUUGAUCUGGAAAAGGCACUUGUGAAUUAUCUUCCUGUUCUCCUGGGUUUCGUAACUGGAGGAGAAAAACUAAGUUCAGGACUAGUUUUUGAAUGGACCAAUGUGGAAGAUGAGAAACAGGAAACAGCUCUGGGAAGUGUUUAUUAUGAAUUGUUGUCGGUGCUUCAUCUACUAGGCUACCUGGCACUGCAAGAAGCUAAUAUAUGUCUAACACCUAGACCACCUGCAGAGGGAUAUAGCCCCAAAGUUACAGAAGAUAACAAGAGGGAUGCUAUCGAGUUACUGCUAAAAGCUGCUUCAUAUUUUGAGUGUGCCUUGCGUGCCGUGCUUCCCCACACCCCUGAAGUUAUCAAAGCAAAGUUACCUGCCGAUCUGACAGAACCAAUGCUUAAAGCCUUGGAGAAUCAAGCUUUGGGCCAGGGUGUUGAGUUGCAGCUGGGAUUCGCUGUGGACAAUGUGAAAGCAUCUCUGGCUGUGAAGCGGAGAUUAGCUUGCGAACAUGUGAAAGUUUGGGAGGAGGUCAACGAGAACAUUGAACGCGUACCAUUGGCAGAUGGAUGGAGGGAGAAGCAUCUAUUGUUUGUUAAGUGGAAGCUUUUGGAAGCCAGGGCUGGGGCAUAUUACUUCCAUGGACUUAUUCUGGAUGAGGGUUAUGAAGAUGAUACACAUGCACAAGCCAUUACCUGCCUUAAAGCUGCGGACACCUGCUUGAAAGACAGUCAGAUAAUCAAAAUUGAAUUUGGCAAUGCAGAGCCCAAAACCAAAGGGCCUCCGCUGUCGGGUCCCAUGAAGUAUCUCUCGGAGAAAGUACCCAGGGAAAUGUUGGCCAAAGCCCGAGUUUUUAGUGAACACUAUCGGAAUGAAAAGUUCCCUGCCACUACGCCCCUGUUGCCGGUCUUUUCACUUGCGUUAAGAGCUGAUGAGUUCAAUCUACCUCCAGUUGACCCAGCUUGGGAAAAAGUAACCGGGUACGAAGUUAGACAAACACAGUUUUCAGACCGUCCAGCUUUUCUAGCAAAGAAAGAUCUAAAUCCCAAACAAAAUGGACUAUCAGACUUGAGAAGAUCUCAGCCUAUGAUGGAUGCUCCGGCGACUGUGCAAUCUAGAUAGAUUUAAUGCGUCUUCUCGGAACAGAGCAAAUUUUUUCUUGUGAGUAAAGGUCUCCUUUUUGUUAGACAUUCUUUGGGUAGGUAAGGUUUAUCUUCUCUGCUCUAAACUAGAUAGCUCCAAAUGUAAUAAACUAGGUGAUGCCCAGUUUAUAAGGGUAAUAAAAAUAGCGAUUACGUGCAGUAAAAUUACAGAGAUCGUGAGAUUUUAAAUACUUUAGUAGUUAUUGCACAGUUGAGAGAAGAGUUGCAAAGUAAUUCUAGUACUCAAAUGUGUACAUAGCUUCACUUUGAAGCAGAGGUCGGGUCUUUGUGCUAUUCCACAUGUAAAUAAUGUACAGUGUUAGCAGGUGUUGAUCUCAUUUCA